AGAAGAGAAGACAAAAGAUUCAUAAAAGUAAAGCAGUUGUGGACGACAGCAAAAGUUCUCGUAAAGCUCACCCUCUUACAAGUUGAAGGAAUGGGCAGCUUUCCAGUGGUCCUGCUCCUCUGCAGUUUCCACGCGCUCACAGCUGUAGCCCAAGCCCAGCAGACCGAGAGCACUGAGGCACCUGGAGGCACCUUGCCAGACAACUGUAGGGAGGAGAUGUAUCCGUGCACCAGGAUGUACUCGGUUCACCGCCCCCUCAAGAGAUGUAUCGGUGCUCUUUGUCUCUACAGCCUCCCCCGUGUGUACGUGAUCAAUAAUGAGAUCUGUACGAGGACGGUGUGCCAACAGGAUGAGUAUCUGAAAGCCGAACUGUGCAGAGAGUUGUCCGGGUGGCCCAGGCGUAUUGAAAGGUCAUCUAAUAUGAAACGCUGUCGCAAUCGCCGUGGCAACCCCAAAACCUGGGCAAACAAGGCCUGAUGGGGCCCAGGAUGGCGAUGUGACCACCUGUGAGGAUGGAGCCUCUCUUAGAGACACAAACCAACCGGGGACGUCGUCAUAAAAACAGCCCAUAACACCAUAAAUCUACCCCUCGACACCUGGGAGUCUCUUUCACACAUACGCACAAGUGUGCUGAGUCAUAUCUAUGUUUAAUCUUUUGUGUGUGAAUAUUGAAGCUCAUUUCAUCCGUGUGUUUUUGGACACAGGUCACAUCUUCUGUGGUUUACGAUCCAUUUAAGGUACAGUAGUAAUGGGCCUGUAGCAGCACUGAGUCAUUUCCUUGUACAAAGAAAGACCCACUUUUUAUACUCACUGACAAUCCAGUAUAGUGCACUAUUGUAUCCUAAACAAUAUAUGUAUAACUACA